UUUCCUCACUCAUUCACUCUUGACUCGACACCUGAGAAGAAUAAGAAAAUGGAGCUGCUCCUCCUCCGUCUCUGCUUACUCUCCCUUCUCCUCCUCUCAUCAAAACCCAUCUCCGCAGAAGAACAACAAGACUCAGUAAUCUCAAUGUUCCAAAAAUACCUCCAAAUCAACACCGCCCACCCAAAACCCCUGUACCAAGAAGCAGCCGAUUUCAUCCUCACCGAGGCCAACUCCCUCUCCCUUCAAUCCCAGACCCUCGAGUUCGUCCCCGGCAAGCCCCUCGUCCUCCUCAAAUGGCCCGGCUCCGACCCUUCUCUCCCUUCCAUCCUCCUCAACUCCCACACCGACGUCGUCCCCGCCGAGCACGACAAGUGGGCCCACCACCCCUUCGCCGCCCACGUCGACCCGAAUGGUAAAAUCUACGCCAGAGGCUCCCAGGACAUGAAGUGCGUCGGGCUUCAGUACCUGGAGGCCAUUCGUCGUCUGAAGACUUCUGGGUUUGUGCCCACUCGGAGCGUUUACUUGUCUUUUGUUCCGGAUGAGGAGAUUGGCGGCCAUGACGGCGCUGAGAAGUUUGCUGAGUCUGAGAUUUUCAAAUCCUUGAACGUUGGGAUAGUACUUGAUGAAGGGUUGGCGUCACCGAGUGAGAACUACAGGGCGUUUUAUGCGGAGAGGUGCCCGUGGUGGCUGAUCAUCAAGGCUACCGGGGCACCGGGGCAUGGGGCGAAGCUGUAUGACAAUACUGCCAUGGAGAAUAUAUUGAAGAGCAUUGAGAGUGUGAGGAGGUUCCGGGCAGCGCAGUUUGAUUUGGUGAAGGCGGGAUUGAAGGCUGAAGGGGAGGUUGUCUCGGUUAAUAUGGCAUUUUUGAAGGCUGGCACACCGAGUCCGACUGGUUUUGUCAUGAAUUUGCAGCCAUCUGAAGCAGAGGCAGGGUUUGAUAUUAGGGUCCCCCCAACUGCUGAUCAGGAGUCUCUGGAAAAACGAAUUGCUGAAGAAUGGGCGCCCACUUCACGCAACAUGACUUUUAGGCUUGGGCAGUUCAAGCAGAAGGUUUCGGUGCUUGAUAAGUCUGGGAGGCCAGUCCUUACAGCAACUGACAGUUCAAAUCCCUGGUGGGCCCUGCUAGAAGAAGCAGUCAAAAAAGCUAACGGAAAACUUGGAAAGCCUGAGAUUUUUCCUGCAUCAACAGAUGCUCGCUAUUUCCGGUUACAAGGCCUGCCAGCAAUUGGAUUCUCCCCUAUGGCUAACACUCCUAUUCUGCUCCAUGACCAUAACGAGUUUCUAAACAAAGACGAAUACUUGAAAGGAAUCAAAAUUUAUGAAUUCAUUAUCAAAUCUUAUUCAUCUUAUGCUGAGCAUGUGACAACGGGCAUGAGAGAUGAGUUAUAGAGGAGAAACAUGAUUGAGUCCUCUUUGGAAUAAUGUUUUCACGUUGUAACAUAAUUGGAGAGCAGAGAUGUUAUGUAAUGUUGUAACAAUAAGGGGAAGAUGGGGUUUUCCCUUUAACUAUGCACUUAAUCUAUGUAUUGCAAGGUGGUUGAUGUUUUGGUAAAUAGACAUGGUUUAGUGAUAUAUGUUGAUCAGUUGAUCACCUCAUCAAAUUUUUCAGUUGCUCCUAUGCUUUGUUCCAUAAUGCAUCAUUUGAUAUUAGCAAUUUAUUCAUGAGAAGAACAAAUAACAUAUAUUUUCAUCUUUUUGCACUUGAUCA